AUGGGGCAGUACAUGCUGGGUGUCAGGGUUGAGAUGGCGUGUCGAAGGAGCGGGAAUGGAUUUUGGAUCCUGAUGGUAUUCCUACUGGAUUUACUGGGAACGACCGCCAGCAACAUGGAGCCCAUCUACUGGAAUUCCCUGAACGAAAGGUUUAGGGACGACAAGGGCUAUGUUCUCUACCCUCAGAUCGGGGACCGGCUGGACCUCAUCUGCCCCCCGCUGGACACGGCCAGGUCCACGUCAGAGUACGAGUUCUACAAACUCUACCUCGUGUCGUCGCGGGAACAGGCCGACCGCUGCGAGGUGCUGGGCACGCCCAACAUCGUCCUGACGUGUGACGAGCCCACGAGGGAGCGCCGCUUCACCAUCAAGUUCCAGGAGUUUUCACCAAACCUCUGGGGCCACGAGUUUAAGAGCAUGCACGACUACUACAUCAUCGCUACAUCAGAUGGGACGCGCCAAGGCCUGGACAGCAUGAGAGGGGGCGUAUGUGCUACAAAAGGCAUGAAGGUGGUCCUGAAAGUGGGACAGAGCCAGUACGGACUGCCCCCGAAAAAGGACCAACCCGCGGGACGCACCACCAGCAGAAUCCCAGGGGGAAACUCAACCCACACUCGAGGGCCGUUUGGAGAUGGCGGCGAAGGUGAAAAUGGACCUCUAGCGCCACCCAACAUCGCCCUUAUCGCCGGUGCAGCUGGAGGCUCCGCCUUUCUCUUACUGGUCACUGCUGUGAUCUGCAUUGUGUGCUACCGCCGGAGGCAUGCCAAGCACUCUGACACCCACCACCCACCGCUGUCGCUCUCGUCCCUCACCAGCCCUAAGCGCGGCGGUGGUGGUGGGAUAUCCAGUUCCAACAACAAUGGCUCAGAGCCUAGCGACAUCAUCAUCCCCCUGCGGACGUCAGACUCGGCUUACUGCCCGCACUACGAGAAGGUGAGCGGGGACUAUGGGCACCCCGUCUACAUCGUCCAGGAGAUGCCGCCUCAGAGCCCCGCCAACAUUUACUACAAAGUAUGAGACAGCCGUCUGGACACUCCCGCCUUCCUUCAACCACAACCAGCCAAUCACGGCCAACAUCUCCCAAAUGAAGCCACUGAAAAGUUUGCCAUCAUAGCUCCAAGCUGGAAUGUCUCAGUAGUACCAGUUUUGUCCUUUGAAACCCCUCACCCCACUUGCCCCGGCCACUGUUGUGUUUCUAGCUGAAUAAACCCUCCUCCCCGCUUAACCCCUAUUUCACACAACUGGGCCAUUAGGUGUGUUUAAGGGGUGAUAUUGUAACCGCACAUAGCCCUUCCUAACAAGGCCCUUAAAAUUGGGCAAGAGGCUCUGAAUUCCCCCGUCUUUUUAACUCAGAGCCAAAUGAGCCCCCCCACCCUUUAAUGUGGCACACACCCUUUUUCUAAGAGUGUGAACCUGGUGUUGGGAUGUUUUAAAAAAAAACGACUGAAAGGACUUUUUAAAAAGGACUAUGCUCCUGGACCCACUUGGCAACGAUGAACUCUGAGUCUCAGAGACCAACGCCCGCCUUGCCCACCACCCCACCUCUCUUUUAGAUCUCUAUCAUCCAAUCUGAGACGAGCCCCCUGCCGCUAACUCGACAAUAGCCUCCUAGUUUGUUCGUGUUUGUUUAAAUCAAGAAAAAAGGCUAUGGGGCCUCGGACUCACACCCCGAGCCCAGACCAGAUUCCCGGACGGCGUCUGGUCAAUCGGUGACUCGCAGAAUCGUGUAUAUUUUAAUAAAAUGUGUGUUUGUGUGACUGUGUGCAACGGAGCAGAACAGUUGGGUAAUAAUUAUGGCGCUGCUGCUGCUGCUCCAAAUUAGAGUGAAGUUAGUGUUCUUCAGCAAGUUUGCAUACACUUCAGUGUGUGCGUGCUUUUCUGUGUGUGUGUGUGUGUGUGUGUGUGUGAGCGUGCGUGCUCUUUAGACUCGUCUCAAAUACCAAAACACAAAAUAGUGAGCGAAUAUCAAAAAACUGAGAUUUUUUAUGGCUAUCAACACUUAUAGAUUAUAUAUAUGAAUAUCCAGUAAAUAAUUUGUAGAUGGUUUUUUUAUUGGUUUAUUAUUUUUACCCACUCUAUUAAACUACUCUUAUGUUUCUAAAUGUUUUCAUUAGCUUUUUCGUUUUUUUUGACUAUUUUCCACACUUUUACCUCUAUAUUUUAGUGCCUUACGAAAGUAUUCACACCUCUUAGACUUUUUGGAGAUUUUGUUACACUAUAAACAUAAACUCCCGAUUUUUUUAUAUGUUUGUGUAGAGCUUUUAUCGAGGUAGGUCAACACAAAUGUGUGCAUAAUUGGGAAUUUGUAGGCCUAUUUACUCGAACACUACUUAACUAAAUCUAGUGCAUUGCUAUAGAGGCCUUGUCACUCCAAGACCGUUAGAGAAAAAACAAAUACAUUUGGGCCCUGUCUUUAUGCUAAGGCACACUUUGUAUUGAUCUAUAAAAUAAAAUUUUAUUUAAUGUUAUAUUAUGACAAAAUCUGAAGAGUUUAAGGGGUACAAAAACUUUUGUAGAGCACUGUGCAUCCUCUGUUUAACGAAGUUGUUUCUCUGUUUUCAUUCUCUCCCUCCUCCUCCCCGAGGUCGACUGUAUAUUUUUAUAGCUCAUCGUACUAUGCUGUAGUUUUGAGGUCUAGACCUCAUUUUCGUGGAAGUGUUGAGGUAGAACCAUCAAUGGAAGUUUUUUUUUCAGUUAUUUUUUUAUUUUAUUUUUAAAAGGCAGAUGUAAAAGAAGCUGUGGUGGGGGGGUGGCAGUGGAGGACGGGGAAGGGGGAAGGUUUAAGAGAGAGGAUGAAGUGAAAAAAAAGAAGUACAGAGGAGAGAGAAAGAGCGCCGUCUCGGGAGGAGGAAUGAAGCAGCUUCUGAAUGCAAAACUUUAAGGAAAAGAGAAAAAUGAGCAGGAGGGUGAUGAGGAUUGACAAGACUGUGAAGCAAACAGGCAAAAAAAAAAAAAAAGGAGCAGCUGGACUAAUAGAUGAAGGAUCCAGUGGAAGGAAGGAAAGACGGACAGAAAGCACAUGAAAGAGUGGCUGGCACAAGAGGAGAAACCUCUGAGGUGCUGGACUGUCAGCCAAAAGAAAAAGAGCAAAAAACGGAUUUCGGAGGAGUUGAACUCUACAUGCCACAGACAUCCACACCCACACAUCCACUGUGACUCCGGCACGUUUCGGAUUCGUUCCUCUCUUUCUCCCGCCAACAUUUGUGUUGAAACGCACACAACACACUCUCUCGGAUUUCACGCGUUUCUUGACGACCGUCGGAUGACAUCCUCCAAACACGUUCACCCACAUUCAACAUGAAAAUGUUACUUUCAUCCGAUUUCUGUUCUCCUGAAUCACGUGACGGACGUGAAAGGGAUUUAAAAAAAUGAUUGAUUGUGUUUUGUUUCCUCUCUUUCGCACACACAGAUACUUACAUAAAUACACACCAGUGCCCUGCACCUCAACCUCAGAGAGCAGCAGCCCUUCGCUGUGUGGGGAGGUGCAUAAUGUUCACCUUGUGCAUACUAAUAAAGCUGUUUUGUGUUGCUCAGACAUGUUUUUUGGCUUAUGUGUAAACCGCGGAAAGCUUAUGCUUUUUCUUUUUUUCUUUUCAACUUUGUCCAGACACAAGAAGAUUCCAGUGUUAUUGCCAUGUUUCCUGUGUGAAGCCAGUGUUAAAAAUCUGAACCUUUUCACAUUUCUCAGACGUGUUUUUGUACCAGUAUCAUAUAAUCUUUCAUACCUAAGUGUCGCAUUCGUCUAAAAUGACUUUGUUCCACACAUGAUGUUUUAUUUUUGGAUUGUUUUCAAUACCACGGAGGAGUUUAGAUUGUAUUUUGACUGUAUUAAAAAUGAUU